AGGACACUGACAAACCUAGGAACAAUGUUUUGUUUAUUAUUUAUGUUAAAUGUAUACUUGAAAAUGGACUACCCGGAUCAAAUCGCGGUUAUUCGAUCAAACUGGACACGAGUUCUAUGCGAUCAGAACGCCGAUGGAGACGCUAGUGGUCACGUGAAUGGUCUGAAGGCCUGCUGCAAUGAAAGAACGGACUUUAAAGGCAGAUUAGAAUCUUCGUUAUCCCAAGAUAACUUGAAGUUUCCAUUAAUUAUCAAUGGAACGUGGAAGCCUGCAUCGUGCAACCCAGUCCAGCACGUUGCCGUCAUCAUCCCGUUUAGAAACAGAGAGGAACAUUUACAUAUAUUACUCAAAAGUAUUAUACCCAUCUUGGUGAAGCAGAAAGUACACUUACACAUCUUCGUUGCGGAGCAGUAUGGGAAUCAAGCUUUUAACAAGGGCCGUGUGAUGAACGCAGCUUUUCUAGAGGUGUCCAAGAUGUCGGAUUUCGAUUGCUUCAUCUUUCACGAUGUAGACCUGAUUCCUGAAGAUGACCGUAUAACCUAUCUAUGUGACGAUAGGCCAAAACAUAUGUCACCUUCUGUCGACGUUUUGAAGUAUAUGCUGCUGUACCAAUGUUUAGUUGGUGGUGUUAUUGCCUUCCCCCCGGCGCACUUUAUCGCUUUGAACGGCUACUCGAACCUGUACUGGGGCUGGGGAGCGGAGGACGACGACAUGUCUUACAGGAUUAUGUCAAACAACAAUGGAAUUACUCGACAAGACGGGGAAUUAGCACGUUAUAAGAUGAUAAAACAUGAACAGAGUGAAAUGGUUGUCGGGGAACGAAGAUACACACUUUUAGGUCAGACAAAAGAUAUUUAUGAACAAGAUGGUUUGAAUAGCGUACAGUAUGAUCUCAUAUCAGUUCGAAGGACGCAUUAUUACACACACUUGAUGAUCAACGUUGGUCCAGCUCCGUCCAAUACCGACAGCAUCGACGAUAUCAUCCGUAUGGUGUCGUGGAAGAAUUCUUAGCUUCAUACCAUUCACGGCGAAUACUUUGAUGCAUUUUUACCUCUGAAGUUCUGCCAGAUCUGAUAUAAACAUUUUAUAUGUUUAUUGUUUACCGUGCAUGAAAAUGAUCUAUUCUCAAAUAUGUAUUUAAACUGUUUAAGACAAAUGAAGGAAUAUACGGUAGCUUACCCGGGAU